UCCAUCACAUGGCCUGGCCUCUCUGCAACUUCAUGGACAUAAAUGAAACUCUCAGUUAUUUUUCUUAGUUCCCUUCUCUGUUUGUCCCUCUUCUCUCUUCAUAUAAGAAUUGUGUGGUCUGUAACUCAAUACGAGAAACCAUGAACUCAUUCCCCAGUUUCAAACUCCAUUCAUGGCGGAGAGUUCUCUUUGUUCUUGAGUUUCUUGUGGUUCAAUCUCUGGGGCUGAACACAGAUGGGGUUCUCUUGCUUUCUUUCAGGUAUUUGAUUCUCAGUGACCCUUUAAACGUUCUACAAAGCUGGAAUUAUUUCGACCAGACGCCUUGUGCUUGGAACGGAGUAACCUGUGAUUCCAUUGAUGGAUACCUUCGAGUUACCGGCUUGUCUCUUCCGACUUGUCAGCUCCUUGGUUCGAUUCCAUCCGAUCUGGGCAUGCUUGAGCACCUUCAUAGUCUUGAUCUUUCCAACAAUUCACUAAAUGGGUCUCUUCCUGUUUCGUUGUUCAAUUCGACCAAGCUUCGGUUUCUGGACUUGUCGAACAAUUUGAUCGCCGGUGGAAUACCGGAAACGAUCGGAACUUUACAAAACCUUCAAGUCCUUAACCUCUCCGACAAUUUAUUGACGGGUACUUUGCCUGCAAGUCUCACCACUAUCCUGAAUCUAACCGUUGUUUCUUUGAAGAUCAAUUAUUUUUCAGGCAAUCUUCCAACUGGGCUUCAAUCGGUUCAGGUUUUAGAUCUCUCUUGCAAUCUCAUCCAAGGCUCUUUGCCUCGUAAAUUCGGGGGCAACAAUCUCAAGUACUUGAACGUUUCUUACAACAGACUUUCCGGAGAAAUCCCGCCGGAAUUUGCCGAGAAAAUUCCCGGUAACGCCAGCGUUGAUCUUUCUUUCAAUAAUCUCAUGGGAGAAAUCCCGGAUUCCGUUGUUUUCAAGAACAGUGAGCCCGAGUCUUUUUCCGGGAAUCCGCUUCUGUGUGGCAAAGUAACGAAGCGUGAUUGUCCAAGUCCUUCACCAACUUCCCCACCAGCAAUAGCCGCCAUCCCGAAGACACCGGACACCGGAGGUAAAACAUCACCACGAAACAAGCUCAAACCAGGGACAAUAGUGGCAAUUAUAGUCGGAGAUGUAGCAGGGAUUGGACUCCUAAUCAUGGUGUUCUUUCUCAUCUACAAAAUAAAGACCAAAAAGAGAGUACUAUUCGAGACUACGCUGAAGCAAGAAGCUAAUACAGCCCAAGACAAUCGGUCUUUAACAUCUCCAUCGUUGGAACCAAGAGGGUUUUUGAGAUGGUCGUGUUUGAGAAAGAGGGGAGAGUACGAAGAAGAAUCCGGGACCGAAGAAGAAGAAGAAGAAGAAUGUCAACAGCAGCAAGAGCAAGAACAUGACAAGAAAGGGACAUUUGUGACCGUCGAUGGGGAAAAGAAGCUCGACCUAGACAAGUUACUCAAAGCGUCAGCAUACAUAUUGGGUGUCACGGGGACUAAUAUCAUGUACAAAGCCGUGCUCGAAGACGGAUCCUCGUUGGCGGUCCGACGGAUCGGUGAGAACAGUGUGGACCGUUUCAAGGAUUUCGAGACCCAGGUUCGAGCCAUUGCUAAACUAGUUCACCCCAAUUUGGUCAGGGUCCGUGGGUUCUAUUGGGGAGUCGAUGAAAAGCUCAUUAUUUACGAUUUUGUACCAAAUGGCAGCCUCGCCAACGCCCGUUAUAACAGAAAAGUUGGUUCUUCACCAUGUUAUCUUCCAUGGGAGACUCGGCUAAAGAUUGCUAAAGGUGUGGCUCGUGGUCUAGCGUAUCUCCACGAGAAGAAACACGUGCAUGCCAAUUUGAAGCCCAGCAAUAUCCUCUUAGGCUAUAACAUGGAGCCCAAGAUUGGAGAUUUCGGUCUCGAAAGGCUCGUAACGGGCGAUACGAGGUCUAAAGUAGGGACGUCGGUUCGAAAUUUCGGUAGCAAUAGGUCUAUGGCGUCGAGGGAUAGCUUCCAAGAACUAGUUGGUCCUAGUUCAACUCCGAGCCCGAGCCCAAGCUCAUUUGGUUUAUCGCCUUACAUUGCCCCGGAGUCGCUUCGGAGCCUCAAGCCCAACCCGAAGUGGGACGUGUACGCAUUUGGGGUGAUUUUGCUUGAGCUUCUGACGGGGAGAGUUAUAGUUGUGGAUGAGUUAGGGCAGGGAAAUGGGGUAGUGGUUGAGGACCAAAACAAGGCAUUGAGAAUGGUUGAUGCGGUGAUUCGUGGGGAUUUAGAAGGCAAAGAGGAUGCAUUGCUGGCUUGUUUCAAAUUGGGCUACAAUUGUGCAUCUCCAAUACCACAAAAGAGACCCACCAUGAAAGAAGCCUUGCAAAUGCUUGACAAAAUCCCUUCUUCACACCACUAUGGAUACUAAUAAACCAUUGUAUUAAAAUUUGGGCUGCCCUUGGAAUCAGAAAUGUAUGUAAUUAUUGACUUAUAGGUUUUCAUUUUA